CCGAGACAAAACAAAACUUCUCCAACUCCUCAGAUUUUCCGUACACAUACUGUUCAAUUAUAUAUAUAAGACCAGCUGAUAGCUCAAAUCCACAGGCAAAAUGGGGAGGGUGGAUUAUCUGGCAAUGAGAACUCAUCAAGUGGAAAUGGAAGACCUCAUCAGCUCUGACAUUGAUGAGCUCAGAGUUGCUGCGAAGAGGCUCAUUGCCCACGCCACCAAGCUCGGUGGCUUGGGCUUGGGCACUUCGUUUCUCAAGUGGCUUGCCUCCUUUGCCGCCAUAUAUUUGCUGAUAUUGGAUCGAACAAAUUGGAGAACAAACAUGCUGACAUCGCUCUUGGUGCCUUAUAUAUUCUUCAGUCUACCAUCAUCUAUAUUUCAAUUCUUGAGAGGCGAGGCUGGAAAAUGGGUUGCUUUCGUCGCAGUCAUUCUGAGGCUGUUCUUCAACCGGCAUUUUCCUGAUUGGUUGGAGAUUCCCGGUUCGUUGAUUCUUCUCCCGGUCACUGCCCCGAACUUGCUAGCACACAACAUGAGGGACAGUUGGAUCGGCGUGCUGAUAAGCCUUUUCAUUGGUUGUUACCUAUUGCAAGAGCACAUUCGAGCAACCGGUGGGUUUCGAAAUUCAUUCACUCAAAGCCACGGGAUAUCAAACACGUUUGGCCUUGUCCUUCUGUUGGUCUAUCCCAUCUGGGCUCUCCUGCUACACUUCCUUUAGACGUCUCAUGAUAUACAAUAUUAUCUAUCCAUGGGAUCACAGAUUCUAUGAUAUUGCUUGUCCUGAAUGUUUAUUUGUACGCCAUUUAAUUUGUUGGACUUCUAUAUUAGGAAUUGUCGGAUUUAUUAAUUAAUUAAUCCUUUCAAGCUUUUUAAAGUAAUGGAUCACUUUUAUCUUUCUUUCUGUU